AUGCGUAGAGCCAGUGGAACAGAUCAUUUUAUAGCACGCUGUAGAGGAAGUAGGGGCCCGGCGAAUUGCAGGCAAUAUGACGAAGAGACAAGGCAGGACAAGGCAGGGCUGCCAUGUUUGACAUUCAGGCUCCGCAAGUCUUGUUCGAAGCUAAGGAGCCAACAUGCACCUUGUUUUGAUCACAAUCAGUCAAAUUUUGCCAUAGAGCUUGCAAUGUGGAGUUUGUUUUGCUUUCAACAAGGAGACAAGCACUUACGGGCUGACCCUUGGCAUAUGCUGGAUCGGUACCUGUUUCAAGUUGCUUGCACGGCGGCUGUGGCGCUCACAAGUCUCUUGACCAAGAAGUUUUGA